AUGGCGUUUGGCAUCCUCGAGCCAAGCUCGGGGGAAAAGGUUCCAGGCACGACGCAUUUCUACGAUGACCCUUCGCAGCCGCAGACGGCAACAGAGCAGGAUACCGUGAGGCUGAAAUGCGAUACCAGCGGAAAGAUCCCCAUCAUCCUCGUCCCUCAGCCUUCGGAUGACCCCAACGAUCCUCUCAACUGGCCCUUGUGGAAGCGCGACCUCGUUACCUUUACGCUCUGCUGGGCUGGAGUCCUGGCCACCUCACUUGGACCCAUCUUGGCCGCAAACACCGUCACCCUCUCUCGCAUAUUCUCCAAGACGUUUACCAGGGUCGCCCUCUUGACUGGCUAUUUCCUGCUUGGCGCCGGCGCCGCUGCCAUCUUCUUCGUCCCCUCUGGUCGAGUCUGGGGCAAGCGACAUCUUUUCCUGCUCGGCAUCCUGAUUAUCAUCGCAUCAAGCGCAUGGGCUGGUUCUGUAGGGAAGAACUAUGGCAGCUUGCUUGGUGCCCGAGUUCUCCAGGGCGUGGGCACUGCUCCGUAUGAAAGCCUGCUCAACGCAGCUGUAGGCGACUUGUACUUUGUUCAUCAGCGAGGAGUGCGCAUGGCAUUCACCAACCUGGCCAUCUUUGGUGGAGCUUUUUUCACUCCCAUUGUGGUCGGAAAGAUUACGGCGGCGAUGGGUUGGAAGUGGAGUUUCUACUUUGUGUCCAUCUUCAUGGCGGCGACGCUGCCUGCCGUGUUUCUCCUUUGCCCUGAGACGGCAUAUCGCAGAGACGUCAAGCUCAACACCGACACUAAUGCCGAAGGUGAAGAGGAGAUUAAGCUUCAGUCUCGAAUCGCGACUGUUAGUAACCCGCCGUCUGACGAGGAAGAAGUACCAAAGAGACGCACCGGCUUCGUCUUCUUUCCUACCUCAAGUGCACUUCAGCCAAUUGGAAACGCUAGGACCCCAAAGAAGUCCUUUGUCGAAUCUCUAUCCCUCUUCGACGGCGCUAAGACGGAUGAGCGCUAUUGGAAGCUGCUGCUUCGGCCAUUCCCACUCAUUUUCAACCCGGCCUUUGUCUGGGGCUGUUUGAUUCAAGGAACUAUGAUCGGGUGGACCAUCUUUAUCGGAGUUCUCGUCGCUGCCAUCUUCCUCGGGCCGCCAUACUUUUGGGGUGAAGUCAAGGCGGGUUACGCUUACACAGGUGCCUUUGUCGGCGCUCUCUGCGGCUUCGCCAUCUGCGGUCUCCUUGCCGAUUCCAGCGUCAAGUAUCUCACCCGAAAGAAUCGCGGCGUUUACGAGCCCGAGUUUCGAAUUCUGCUGGUCAUUCCCAUGCUAAUUAUCGGUGGCAUCGGCUUGUUUGGCUUUGCUCUGACUGCUGGUAACGUUAUUUCUGGCCAGUACAGCUACAUUAUACCUCUUGUAUUCUUUGGCUUCGAGGUUGCCGGCAUGGUUAUAGGUGCAGUUGCCAGCUCGUUAUACAUUGUGGAUGCUUACAGAGAUCUCACGAUUGAAGGCUUCACCUUGAUGAUUAUCUUCAAGAACAUCUUCAGUUUCAUCCUUACUUUCUAUGCCUACAAUUGGCUCAUCAAAGGCGGCAUCCAGCACACGAUGAUUGCCAUUUCCAUCGUUCAGGUCGUCGUAUGCGUGCUUAGUAUCCCUAUGUAUGUGUUUGGCAAACGCUGUCGAGCGUUUUACCACCGCCAUGAUUUACUGGCCCUUACCGGCUUGCAAUAA